AUGAUAUCCAACCAAAUGAUUUUGGAUAUUAAUGUAACAGCUGAUGUUGUUGUUUCCUAUGAUGGAACUUGGCAAAAAAGGGGUCAUUCCUCACUUAAUGGUGUUGUUGCUGUUAUUGCUAGUGACUCAGGGAAAUGUGUUGACUAUCAAGUUCUUUCAAAAAUAUGCAAUGUCUGUACAUCAUGGGAAUCAAAAAAAUAUAUAAAUAACAUAACAGAGUUUGAAACAAAAAUUAUGAUCGACUCACCAGAUAUCAUACUUAUUUCUGAAACAUGGUUCAAAAAUGACUUAAUUAUAAAUAUUAGCAACUACAACUGCUUUUACAAUAAUAGAACAAACAAACAAGGUGGAGGUGUUGCAAUUUUUACAAAAUAUGAUAUAACUGUUUAUGAAGUAACAGUUUCACUUUUAUAUAAAGAAGUUGAACAAAUAUGGUGUAGCAUUGUACUUCAUAAAACAAAAAUAUUAGUUGGAUGUAUAUACAGACCACCAAACAGAAGUAAUGGAAAAUACUCAAAUGUAAUAAUUGUUGGUGAUUUUAAUUACCCAAAUAUUAUUUGGAAAGAAGACGGAACUAUCGAGCUAAAGCAAAACUGCCAAACAAGCAGAGCAUUUAUUAAUAACUUGCAAAACAAUUAUUUACAUCAAGUAGUUAACAAGCCAACUUUUCAAAUGGCUGUUGAUAAACCAGCAAAUAUAUUAGAUUUAAUAAUAUGCGACGAUCUAGAUUUAAUAAUUAACAUUGAAUAUGAUGCUCCACUUGGUCAAAUUACUAAAAGCCAUUACAUAUUAAAAUGGGAAAUUAACAUACUCAAUUCAUAUGAGAAAAAAUUCAACAAUAAGAGAUUUAAUUUUCGAAACGGAAAGUACAAAGAAAUGAAUCUCAUGUUUUAUAAAGUAAAUUGGGUUGAAAUCUUUGACAAAAUGACUACAAAUCAAUGUUAUGAAUACUUUUUAAAAAUUUAUGAAAAAGCUUGCAAACAAUAUAUUCCUCGCCACUUCAAACCCACUAGUUCUAUCAAAAAUCCAUGCAUUAAUAAAAAAAUCAAGAAUCUACUUAGAAAAAAACCAAAAGAUGUAAAACAUAAUCCAAAACGCUUCUAUGCAUAUGCACAAAGAAAAAACCAGACACAUACAAAAUUGCUAGCACUUAAAACUAGUGACAACAAAAUAAUAACUGAUAAAAAAGUAAUUGCUAAUCUACUAAAUUGUAGUUUCCAAUCAGUAUUUGUCAAAGAAAAUCAAGAUUUACCAUAUUUCAGCAAUAAAACUAGUCAUUUAUUUGAAUGUGACUGGGACCAAGAACUAAAAGAAGAUAUUAUAUUUAAUUAUUUAUUAAAACUUAAUGAAAACAAGUCACUUGGUUGUGAUAACAUCAGUCCCUAUGUGCUAAAGCAUUGUGCAGAAGGAUAA